AUGGCUCGAGUGCACCGCAAGCCUGGCGCCAGGCUCUUCGCCUGUGCCAUCGCCGCGCUGUUCGUCGGAUCUGCCAUCUCCUUUGUCGCUCCGCGGCCCAGGGUGGACACUCGGGCUCCAAGCGUAUCCCGAGAGUUCUUCAAGACCUCCCAAGAGCCAGCUGCUAGCCGAGCGGCGGAGUAUGAGGAGGAAACGUUGGGGGACAAGAUCAAGGCGGCGUGGAAGAACGACAGCCUGCAGAAGUUCAUCGCUUUCGUCGCCACGGCUUCCACCGCGAUGGAUGUGCUCGGGCUCUUCACGGGCGAGGCCUCGGUGACUGCCGGCAUUGGCGAGGCCCUGGCUUCCUUGGACACGAGCGUGGCCCUCCAGGAGGGCCAGUCUGCAGCCGAGGCCCUCGCGGACGCGGCGCAGUCGGCAGACCUCGGCGAGUCCACGGAGUCCAUUACUGACUUGAUGCAGAAAUGA